UACCCCUCUUUCCCCGGCGUUCAUCCGAACCACGCGGCAAUCGUUUUCCAAACGGCCGUGUCUCAUAAACGAGGAAGCAGCAUUCCCCGUCCCGUCACAGUGUUAUAUAACGUAACUAAACCAAUAUGCUAGCAGCAGUGCGUGAGAAGCUACUACACGGUCAGUGACUCGAGAGAGAGAGCCCGGGGAGCGUUCAGAGGUUCCUCGCGCCCGUUUCGUCUGUCGGCCGAUAUGCUGACAUCGAGUCCCCCGUCGCCGGUGUGUUGUUCCAAAGACGGCGAUUCUGUGCACUCAGGAGAGGAAGUAGGUCAACAGACGACGACGGGUUUCCCCAGUGAGGCCAAAGGAGGCGAGAAGCGCAAACUGAUGGAAGCGCAGAGUGGCAGUGAGGGCAAACGCCCGCGCAGCGUUAGUGAGGAGGACAGUGGCACUUGGGACGUGAGCAGAAGCUCGCCCUGCGACUCCGGUGAGGUUUCGGCCACGUCGGACUAUUCAUCGGCGGGAAGUGGGAGCGAUCUCGAACGGAUGGUGGUCAACAGCGGAGUAAAGCGGUCGACGCGCCGCCAGCCAUCCCGAAAAGAGCUGGCUACGUUGUUGGCCAAGCGUGAACGUGAACGGUGGUUCCUGGACUUGCAGUACGCACUCUUAUCCGACGCCGACGGAGACAGACCUCUACACGUAGCUGUGGUACAACGUGACAUCCUUCUUGUACAGAGGCUUUGCACGCUCAUGAAAGCAGCUGGGACCGGCAUUGACGUCCUCAACUGCCUCAGACAGACACCCCUGCACAUAGCCGUAAUCGUGGGCAACGUAGCAGCAGUGCAGCUACUGCUGCGAGAGGGUGCUUCCUUGCUGUUGCGAGACAGGCACGGUAACACUGCCCUCCACCUGGCCCUCAAGCACUUCCACGAGCCAUGCAUAAAGCUCCUGCUCAGGCACAAACUCAUCUCCAGGAUAGCUGAUGUACUAGACUAUGACGGCUACUCUCCGCUUCAUUUAGCAGUACUGCUAAACAAGCCCGAUGUAGUAGGCCACUUAGUCAAGGCAAACUGUGAUAUUAAUGUUCCUGAUGGAAGAAGUGGACGGACUCCCCUCUACCAUGCAAUUGCGCUUAAGCGAGACCACCUAGUCCAGCAACUCGUGAGCUUAGGUGCCAGCUCUGAAGCUCAAGACUAUUCAGGACUCACCUGCAUUGCUCUUGCCAAAGAAUCCAAGAGCUCCUGUUUACCAAUCCUACAGAGCCAGUCCUCAACAGCUUGCAGUUGAUACCACUGCUCUGGCAACAUCAUGGAGACUGACUAACGCAGUGUAGACUCACUGAGACUGUACUACGUGUAGCUCCAUUCAAGUGUGGACUGGUAUUUAUUGUUCAUCGGCUAUAACCUGCGCAUACAGGGACAACUGCCGGGCCCAGCUGCAGAAUGCUUGUAGCUCUUCCAGUUGUGUGUCCCCGCAAGAGUGUGUGGGCUUGAGCUUAACCAAAAAUUACUUUGGAUAGGGACUGUGGUGUGUGUUUCACUGUGCAAUGGUUUGUAUGGAGCACUAUACAUUGUAUACACUACUAACGGUGGAGUGUUCCUAUACAUUUUCAAGUGUGCACCAGGUGUUGAUGCCUGUGAUAAAUAACUUGUGCAACAAC